CCUUCUUCCUCCCUUCCUUGUCUCCUCUCCUUCUCGUCCUUAUCUCUAGUUGGUUAUCUCCACAGGAUUGAUUGUUCAUCUUCAUACAUGGAUAGAUACUUUUCGAUGGCAGGAUGCGACUUCAACGCCUGGUGGCCUUGUUGGUAAUUGCCGUUCUGGCAUGCCUUUCGGUGGUUCUACUUCGAGGACAUGGAUCUUCAUAUUCCUUGAGCACUUCUCCUUUACCUCCUCCUUAUUCUCCUCCUCCGCAUUCCUCUGCCCCUCUUUCAUCCCCUCCAGGGCCCACCCGACAUUUCGAGAGCCAUGGCCCAGACAUCCCUGAAACUGAACACCCGAUGUCUGGCCUGAUUUCCAAUGCCGAUCAGCAAUUCGACCAGCUCCGAUCACGCCAGUCUAAAACUUUGAAUGAGGCCGUAAUUGAGUACCGUCGUCGUUAUGGCAUGAACCCCCCGCCGCACUUCGACAAGUGGUUCCAGUUUGCUAAAGCAAGGGGCGUCCAACUUAUUGACGAGUACGACACGAUCUAUCAUUCCCUCUUGCCAUUCUGGGCUCUGGAGCCGAGGAAAAUUCGCGAACGCGCGCACGAGGCUCUUGGGUUCGACAAUUCUAUGCUGGGUGUCCUUAUCCGAGAUGGAAAAGUCACUCUGGUCGAGGGUGGCACCGAGGAGCAAAAAUGGCAGAGAGAUGCCACCGCGGGCAUGAUGAAGAGUUUUGUCAAGCAUCUGCCCGACAUGGACUUGGUGUUCAAUGCGCACGAUGAGCCGCGAGUUAUCCUUCCCAGCGAAGAUCUGCAGAGGCUGGUCAGUAUCGCCAAGGACCAUGCUAUUCCGAGCGCUUUUCAGAAUCAAAAGCCGGUCAAUGCGUGGUCAGCUAAACCGGCCGAGCUGAACAAGGGCGAUCGGAUUGACGAAGUCCGCACGACUCGAUUCAAUCGCUUCGCUCAUCAACCUACUUGGACCAGCUCUCGUGCUUCUUGUCCGGUGGAUAGUCCCGCUCGCUCGCUCGAUGAAAAUGCACCCGACGUCGUUGAUGCUUAUGCGCUUGGCGAGCUUGGUUAUAUCUACAAUACCACCGCUUUCUCCGACGUAUGCACCUCACCGUCUCUCCGGAACAAGUUUGGGUUUUUGGAGCGCGCAAAUGCCUUUGACGUUGUCCGCGAUCUCUUCCCCGUUUUCUCGCAGAGCAAGAUCUCGAGCUUUCAAGACAUUCUUUAUCCUAGCCCGUGGUACUGGGCUAACAACGUGCCUUACAUCGAAGCGCGCGACAUGGACUGGGAAGAAAAACAGAAUCAAUUGUACUGGAGAGGGUCAACGACAGGCGGGUUUUCUCGAGGUGGCGGCUGGCGACGACACCAUCGACAGCUAUUUGUCGGUCAUAUCAAUGCCCUGAACAAAGCGAAGGUACUCAGAAAGAAUGAGGCCGGUCGCUGGGAGUCAAACGAAGUGGAUCGCAAUGCCUACCGUGAUCUAUUCGACGUUGCAUUUACUUCCAUCGGACAGUGUGAUUCCGUUGACUGCGCCGCUCAAAGAGAAUACUUUCGACUUGCCGAACCAGCUGAGCAACAGGAUGCUUGGGCCUACAAGUAUCUGGUGGACAUUGACGGCAACGCCUUCAGCGGUCGGUACUAUGCCUUCUUGCAAAGCAAGAGCUUGGUCUGUAAGGUGUCCGUUUUCCGCGAAUGGCACGACGAAUGGGUCAAGCCAUGGGUACAUUACGUCCCUCUAGGCUUGACGGGCGAUGAAUAUCUGGAGACUAUGCGAUACUUUACUGCCGAAGAAGAAGGCAAGACUGCAGCUCCACGGAUUGCCCAGCAGAGCCGUGAUUGGGCCCAAAGUGCCUUGCGCAACGAAGACAUGGAGGUGUGGCUCUUCAGGUUGUUACUAGAAUAUGGACGACUUGUUGACGAUAACCGAGAAAACUUGGGAUUUGCUCUUUGAAUCUCUGGCCCGAGAGACUGGUUUCUGUUGAAUCUUCUCUUGACUGUAUAUGUGACACGAACUUACGUGCGAUGGUUCCAUCAGGACAUGAUUGUGUGAUCUAUGCAUUAUGCGCGCUCCGAGUCGAUACCCGCAAGCAUCGUUUUUAGCGGAUUGGGGUUUGCAUUGUCUGGCUGCAUUUAUGGUGUAUGGAGUUCUGCUUAUUCUAGUUUUAUUUUUCGGUUUAUUUUAUCUUCUGAGAUCUGGCUAUAUAACAAUGCGAUUCAGCAUUUGUGUGGCAGCAUUGUGUGUAACAUGCGGAAGAAGUACAAUUCUUUGUUGUUGCGACAACAACAGCCGGAGAUGCACGCUGACUUGCGGAUAUUGUACGUAUUCUCAUGCAUAUGCUUGAAGUGGCAUGCUGUUUGAUAUGCAGGUGUAAAUUUGAUUGUAUCCAUCACACAAGACAUUAUGAAGUAGCAUCGAAAACCCAACGGUGAUAUUAUCCGAAUAGUAUAAUCACAGUGGGGGUUUCCGAAGAACAGCAGGAUCGACAAGUAUCUUAUCUCGAUGAGCGCAUGAGAACUCCGCUGGAUACCGAAUUGGGACCGGACCGAAGUCAAACGGGGAUGGCGAGAUGGCACGUGCUCUACGCCUGAAGGAUGAGGCACUCAACUCCGUCAUUCACAUGGCUGGGCUCACGGGGCGGGCAGAGAAGCCAAUGGCCGCUCGGCAGCGGAGCUUAACCCACGGCGCCCGCUUCAAAUCUAAACGGUUGCACUAAUUCCGAGUAGCACCGUGGG